GAAAACAUUUGGCGGACGGAGUUAUCGGAAAUUUGUUGUCUCUGGGAGUGGUUGUUUUUGCGCUGUCCUAGAUCUUGUAUUGGAGAACCAAUGUUUAAACAGAUCAGACCUUUGCGUCUACAACACACAGACUUUUCUCACUGCACAAUCAGCAUCGAUGCUUUGCGGAGUGUAAUUUCCCGAUGCUACAGGCUACUGAAUUUGAGUUUGGAGGGGUUGGAGCUGACUGAUGACAUCAUAAGUGCCAUUGCCCAGAAUUCAGAUCUGGUAAGACUGAACCUUGGUGGUUGUUUCGGCUUCUCAUCCGAAUCGCUAGCACACAUGCUGACCAGCUGCUCCAGGCUGGAUGAAUUGAACCUUUCCUGGUGUGAC